CCAAGGCUUGUGUUGGUAUGAAAGGUCUGGUUUUUCUGGUUGGGGUUUUGAUCUUCGGAUUGUGAAGAAUGGGGAGUUGCUGUAGCCGGCAGGGGAUUCGAUCCAGGCCGAGGGCUUUUAUUGCGUGGCUGUGGAAGCGAUCUGCCUCUGAAUCCACUGAACCGGGAAAUAUUUAUGUUAAGUUCUGAGAUCGGGCGUUUCUUCUGUUUUGCUUUAGAUGUCAGCUUUUUCUUUUAGUUUUUGCGACUUGCAGGGAUUCGAAACCAUGGCGUCGCAUUCCGGCCGCGAAGGUUUGCUUUCGAGAAGCCUGGCCGCGGUUUCGAAUCGCAUGGAGCGGCUUGUCGGCCUCAGCUCUCAUUAUUCUUUCGCAUCCGCCGGGGAAAAUUCCGAGGAGCUGAGGGAGGAAGACGUGUGGCUCGCCGGCGGCGCGGAUGAAGAUUUCGGCGACGAGAAGAAGAAGACGAAGAAUUAUUUCCAUUUACAGGAAGAUUUCGGCGACGAGAACAAGAAGGCGACGAAAUAUUUUCAUUUGCAGGAAGAAUUCGGCGACGAGAAGAAGAAGAUGAAGAAAUAUUUUCAUUCUGGCAAAAAUAGCGCUAGUAUUGUGAGGCUUAGCGACGGCCUAGGAAUUUCGGGGUUGUCUGUGGCGUUUGAGGACCCUGCGACUCGAUCCCGCGACGUGUCGUUCAUUAGCAGCUCGCGCGUCAUUCCUUGUGUUGAAACCCCCGAUGUGGAGGAAAAAGGUAUUCUUUACCAGUCCGCACCUGUGAAUGUGCCGGACUGGACCAAAAUACUGGGGAUUCACCAUCACCAUUCCGUCGACAGAAACAUCUUCACAGUGGACGACGAUGACAUGGACGAGGAGGAGAGGCUGCCUCCGCAUGAGUACCUUGCCAGAGAGCACGCCCGAAGCCACGUGGACGCCACGUCGGUUCUGGAAGGUGUCGGAAGAAAGCUUAAGGGCCGAGAUUUGAGCCGGGUUCGAAACGCAGUGUGGAAUCAAACAGGCUUCCUUGGCUGAUAUUCAAAUUACCAGCAAAAGAAUCUAGAAACCCUCAUCAGCUAAAUUUUUUACUAUUUUUUUUUCUGGUUCUGUAAUUGUUCUGUUACAGCUGAACAAGGUUAAAGAAUAUUUGUGUUGUUACAGAGAAUCAUAGAAACCAGUGUUUUUGCAUAGUGCGCUGAAGUAAAUGGAAAGUAGAUGUUUAGCUUCUGUC